UGACACUGUCUCUGCGAGUCCCUAGGAAGUGGGUCACUAAAGUAGCAUCCCGCUGCCUCCAGGCAGAGGCCAUGCUGAUCCCAGUCGGCCCAGGAAAAAGCCAUGGGUGCCAGCUCCACUGAAGAGAAGAGUCUGGGACGAGAAGUGCAGCAGCCCUCAAGAAACCCCCUUGACCUUCAGCCGCAGCCCCAGAGACCCUCACCCGCCUCGGAGGCCUUCCUGUCCGGCGUUAGGGCCCUGGGCCCGUGGCUGGCUCUGACAAGCUGCUGCUCCCCCGAGGUUUAUGGAGCCUCCAAGGCCCAAGGCCAGCGCAGGGCCAGGAUCUGGCAUAGAUCCCCCAGGAGGCAGGCGGGCCCUUGGCUCCGUGGGUGAAGACCUAGCCGAACUCCAGCGCACGUGGCCCUGAGUUCCCCAGAGAGGGCCCUCCUGUGGAUGGGUCUGCCCUCCCAUGAGAGGAGUCUCUCAGGUGGGCUCCCCCUGGGCCAGCACAGCCUCCGGGCUACAGCCCAGACGAGAGGAAGCAGAUGCGGGGGAGCCUACUGCCUUCCUGGAAGGACCCUGGGGGCCGUAAACACCCACCAGCUGCGGGAAGUCCUCAGGAUGAGAGCCACGGUGCAUCUCAGUGCUUGCUCCGCAAGAGGAAGAGGCCCGGGCCAGCCUCUGCCAGCCAGCACCCACCCCUGACUUGACCCCAGUGCAGACCCCUCCCCGGGGCCCACCGCAGCUCUGGCCACCGCAGGCGUGCUGGGGUAGGGCUGCGAGGCCCAGUCUCCCGAGGCCUGCCCACCCCGGCCCCCCACCCCCCGCCCGCCCGCUGCGUCCCAUCUGCCCUGUGCACCGCUUAUCGGGUAACCGGAGCUGGGAGCUUCGUCCGCGCCUGAAACAGGAAGCCCGGCCCUGUGCGUGAGCUGCCGAGAGCCCCCGAGUGGCUGGGCUGGAGGAUGGAGGAGCAGCGGGCGCUCACGGCCGCCAAGGACGGGGACCUGGCCACCUUGAAGCAGCUGCUGGAGGCCGGCGCCCUGGGCCCAGGCAUCGUGGACGCCCUGGGGGCUGGCCUGGUGCACCACGCCACCCGGGCUGGCCACCUGGCCUGUGUCAAGUUCCUGGUGCAGCAGGCCGAGCUGCCCGGCAACCAGCGGGCCCACAACGGGGCCACCCCUGCGCACGAUGCCGCUGCCAUGGGCAGCCUGGCCGAGCUGUGCUGGCUGGUGCGCGACGGGGGCUGUGGGCUGCAGGACCAAGACAACUCGGGCGUCUCUCCGCUGCACCUGGCCGCCCGCUUCGGGCACCCUCUGCUGGUGCAGUGGCUGCUUCGGGAGGGCCACGCGGCCUCCCUGGAGACCCUGGAGGGGGCCCUGCCCCUGCAUCACGCCGCCGUGAGCGGCGACCUGACCUGCUUGAAGCUCCUGGCUGCGGCCCACGGCAGCAGUGUGAACCGGCGGACGCACAGUGGGGCCUCUCCGCUCUACCUGGCCUGCCAGGAGGGCCACCUGCACCUGGCCCAGUUUCUGGUGAAGGACUGCGGUGCCGACGUGCACCUGCGUGCUCUCGAUGGCAUGAAUGUGCUGCACGCGGCUGCUGCCCACGGCCACUACUCGCUGGCCGUCUGGCUGGUCACCUUCACCGACAUUGGCCUGACGGUACGGGAUAACGAGGGGGCCACAGCCCUCCACUUUGCAGCUCGAGGCGGCCACACACCCAUUCUAGACCGGCUCCUGCUGAUGGGUGCCCCCGUCGUGACAGACUCCUGGGGUGGGACCCCCCUCCAUGAUGCAGCAGAGAACGGGCAAAUGGAGUGCUGCCAGACACUGGUCUCCCACCACGUGGACCCCUCCCUACGAGAUGAAGAUGGUUACACGGCGGCAGACCUGGCAGAGUACCACGGACACCAGGACUGUGCCCAGUUCCUGCGGGAGAGCGCCCGGCCGGUGCGGCUCCUGAUGACGCCACCGCCACCUCCGUUUCCGCCCCCUCUGCUGUCAGCCGCGAGGCACUCCCAGGAGGAUGGGACAAGGGGCUCGGGGCUCGGGAGCCCCACCCCAGUGGUGACUCCCAGCCCAGCCCGGCCUGACCAGCCUCUUCUGAGGGAGCAGACGAUCUGUGCAGCGCCUCCAUGGGUCACCACCAGUGCCAUGGCCGUCCCCACGGGAGAGAUGGUGGCGGGAGACGCCCCGAACUGCCUGGCGGUGCAGCAGCUGGACAGGCUGCCCUCGGGAGACCUCGACGGGCUGGUGCCCACGCGGGACGAGCGCGGCCGGCCCAUCCCCGAGUGGAAGCGGCAGGUGAUGGUGCGGAAGCUGCAGGCGCGCCUGGGCUCAGAGCCCGCGCCCCAGGCCCAGGGUGAGCGCGGGAGCGUGGGCCCCACGGAGCAGGCAGCCUGGCGGUACUCACAGAGCCACCGGGCCAUCCUGGGCCCCUUCGGGGAGCUGCUGACGGAGGACGACCUGGUGUACCUGGAGAAACAGAUCUCCGACCUGCAGCUGAGGCGCCGCUGCCAGGAGUAUGAGAGUGAGCUGGGCCGGUUGGCGGCCGAGCUGCAGGCCCUGCUGCCCACCCCCCUGGUCAGCAUCACGGUCAACAGCCACUUCCUGCCCCGGGGACCCGGACCAGAGGGUGAGGAGGCCCCCGCCCCAGCGGCCGAGCCCAGGGGCCCCGCGGGGGCCUCGGAGGCUGCUCCAGGUGAGCAGCCCCUGCCCUUCUGGUGCAGCCACAUCGCCCGGCUGGUGCGCAGCAUGUCCCUGCUGCUGAAGGGCAUGCACGGGCUGGUGCCGGGCGAGGAGAAGGCCGCAGGCCGGCCCCCGCAGGAGGCCUGCGGAGAGGCCCCUGCCAGCCCCCCCAGGAGCGAGGCACAGCGCGAGAUCCAGGAGUGCGGGGUGUCCGUGUGGACGCUGCGCGGCAACUUCGAGUCAGCCCCUGGCCCGCCCUGCACCCCAAACCCAGGCCCCUGUGAGGCAGGGGCCCGGCCUGGGCAGUGCCGGAGAGGCGGCUGGCCCGCAGCCCCGCAGCCCCGCGGCGGCCCAGUGGGGGGGGCACCCGGGGCGGGCGACGCAGAGGAGGCCAGCGACUCAGGCAUCAGCUGCGAGGAGGGCCCCUCGGAGGCGGGAGCCGUGCCCAGCGCCGACCCGGCCAACCUGCGCAAGGAGCGCAUUGUCAUGCUUUUCCUCAGCCACUGGAAGAAGUCAGCCUACACACCGGCCCUCAAGACGGCGGCCUGCAGGACCCUGGAGGCCCGCCGGGCCGGGCCGCGGGCGCAGGAGGCAGCCGGGGGCCCUCGGCUGCUCUCCCCGCCGCCCAGCGGGGGCCCCCGGCUGGGCCAGCUGUGGCAGCAGCGGAGCACCAUCGCCCACCUGCUGGGCACCUGGAAGGCCAUCCUGGCGCACGUGCCGGCCCGGCAGCUGCGGCGGCUGAGCCGGCGGCCCCGCGGGCCCCUGUCGCCCGAGCAGUUCCUGCCCCACGUGGACGGGGCGCCCAUGCCCUAUGGCAGCCUGACGCUGGACCUCUUCAUGCUGGGCUACUUCCAGCUCCUGGAGUGUGACCUGCCGGCCGAGGAACGCAAGAUGCGCCACCUGCUCUGCUUCGAGGUCUUCGAGCACCUGGGCGCCCACGGCUGGGAGACCGUGCGGGCCUUCCACAAGGCUGUGACCGACGAGGUGGCCGCCGGCCGCCGGGCCUGGACCGACGGCUUCGAGGACAUCAAAGCCCGCUUCUUUGGCUCCAGCCGAAGUCCCGCCUGGGACCCGGAGCCCGGCCGCAAGUCAGGCCUGACGCCCCUCGGGCCCCUGCCUCAUGCCGCCGCCCCCAGCGGCAGCCCCGAGCCUGCAGCCCAGAGGCUGGGGUCCGGCCACCAGCGCAGCAGCUUCAACAGUGAGGACAUCUGCGGCUACAUUGACCGGAGCUUCGCCUUCUGGAAGGAGAAAGAAGCCGAGAUGUUCAGCUUUGGAGAGUGAGACAGGCGGCGGCCUGCCUUUGGGAAUGUGGUGUGGGGGGUGGUUUCGGUUUUCUCCGCUCUUUUCCCCUUUGUCACUCACCUGGUGGCCAGGUGAGCCGCAAGACCAGGCUGGCAGACGCUAAUGCCCGCCUCCAGUCCCACUGCGACCGGCUCCUCCCGCCGUGCAGCUCAGUUUCGGAAUCCUCACCGGGAACCCCGUCGGCCUGGAGUUGGAGGACUUGACCUCCCAGCCCCGGGCCCUCCGCCCCCGGGUUCUGUGGGCACCUCGGGUGCUAGCCCGUUUCCUGUGGGCCCUCCUCCCAGUGCCCCUCAUGUCCCACCCCACCGUCCCUCCAGCGCUGGUGGCUCCAGCCACGGCCAGAGCCUCUCUGUCCGCCUCUUUCCGGUGACCUUGGACCAUUCCCUUCCCCUCCCCAGGCCCCUGUCCCCAUCUGUGAACUGGGCGAGCUGCGGGUUGGAGCUUCCUGCCAGGCCCUCCCAAAUUCUCUGGGGUGGAGAGAUGGCCCACGUGGGGGUCCCGGCCAGCCAGGGCAGCCACCUGCUGUCAGACGCAGGCUCUGCUGCCGUGCCCUGCCCCCACCCCAGGGUCUGCAAAGGAGCUGGUCCCCGAAGGGAAGGCUCCCCGUGCGCCUCCUGUCCCGUCCUCCAGCUGACCAGCCCCGCGGGCCAAGGCAGCACCAGGGCCCCCGCUGCAGGCUCAGGAGAGCAGGGACGCGAGGGAUUUUUCCCAGAGAAGCAGUGGCCGAAGGGAGCUCGGAGCAGAGGAGACUGGCGCCUCCCCCUCAAGUGGGAGCUGUUAGACCUAGAGGACACAUGGCAGAGGGAAGGCGGGGUAUGGCCCUUUCUGUGGCCCCUGGAUGUCGUCCCCAGCCUUCUCCACGAGGGACCAAGGGAAAAGCUGGAUCUCCUCAGAGGAGUCGCCAGUGCCUCAGCGUUCUGAGUGAACAGGGCGCUAGGAGCACUAGGGACAGAGCCCCGCGGGGGGGCCAUGGGAUGCGGCUUGUCCCCCGCCCCCAUGAUAGCCAAGAGGAUGGGUCCCCACCCAGGCCGUGGGGGCCAGGCGUGGCUCAGCUGUGCGGUGGCCCCAGCAGGCAGUGCGUCCGGGAGCCCCUCCCGGCAGCCCCGGCCCCUGGGCACAGAGGUCCCUGCAGUGUCCUCACCUGCCUGCAGAGCUUGGAGGGCGGCAGGCAGGGUGUCAGCUAGGGCACAGAGCCCUCCCAGCCAGCCCGCCAGGACGCUCCGGAGGGGGUGGAGUCGGGGCUGCAGCGCUGGGAAGGGAGGGGGCGCUGGCUUGGGCUCCUACCCUGUCGUGGAGCCGACACUGGAGGUGAGUUUGCUCGGAAAGCCUCCUAUCCCUGCGCUGCCUUCACGACUGUGCUCGUCGCCCCCUGUGUCCGCAGCGAGCGGAGAGCCGCCUGCGCCCAGAGGGAGUCCCGGCACUGGGUGGGCACCGAGCCCGUCCUGAUCUGAGCUCCACGCAGUACCAGAGGCAACAUCCUUACCCCACAGAGCCUCCCCUUCCUCAUCUGCAGAAGGGGGUGUAGUGCUGACCGCCCACUCCCACGGCCUGGAGAGGGUGGACGGGUCCCCUGUGGGAGGGGUCUCCGUCCUGAUCUGAGCUCCACGCAGUACCAGAGGCAACAUCCUUACCCCACAGAGCCUCCCCUUCCUCAUCUGCAGAAGGGGGUGUAGUGCUGACCGCCCACUCCCACGGCCUGGAGAGGGUGGACGGGUCCCCUGUGGGAGGGGUCUCCGUCCUGAGAUGGAGCGGGGUGUAAUGAGCAGGGCGCCACCGCCAGGCUCCUGGUCCCCAGAUGGGACUGAGCUAGAUGGGGCCCGUCUGCAGGACGCUAUCGCUGCCCGGACCUGGCGGGGGGCAGGUCUGAGAGUGGGGCCGGGGAGCCCUGGUGUCAAAGGUGCCAGACAGUCCGAUGUCUCCCUCGCUCCUCCUGAGCCACCCGCAGGACCAUGUUGUUCCAAGAACCUGGCCACGGAGGGUGGCCAGGAGGGGGUGGGCAGUGGACACAGGCCUGACCUCAGAGGUGGUGCCGGCCCAGGGUGCUCAGGAGAGCACUGGACAGGGGGCCAGCACACCUGACUUGGGGUGUCCCUACUCACUCCCCGGGGCCUUGGGCAAGUCCCUCCAUGGCCUCGGGACUUUCUCAGGGGUGGGGUGGGACCAAAGCCAGCAGGGGGCGCCCCACAACCAUCCUGGGUUCCAGGAAGCUCUGGGGUCAGGGUGGGCUGCCAGAAGAGGGGUGAGGUGGUGGCUCAGACCCAGGUUUGAGGCCGGGGAGGAGGGAGAGGGAGCCUCUGCUGGGCACUCAGAGCUGACUCCCCAGAUGCCCUUUUGCAGACUCUGCUUCCCAGGGGUCUGGGCGGUGGCCCCAGGGAUUCUGAGUCCCUCAGCCGGGGCUGGUGCUGGGAAGGCUGUGUUUUUCUAAGGCGUUCCAGGUGAUUCUGGUGCUUAGAGGCCUGGAAACCCCCAGCCCACUAGCAGCUCCCCUGUAGGGAGCAGGUGUUUCCUGCAGGAGUCAGAGGCUGACCCCAGCAAGGCCACACUCUCAGCUCUGAGGCCGCUUUGGUGCCUGUAAGCCUGUCGUCCAGUGGGCAAAAACCCAAUAGCCCAUAUAUAGGCAUCCGGAGCUGCAGACCUCAGUGAAGUGAUCUUUUUCAUGGUGCAAACCCAGGAGCUCCCCAAAAAGCUGGCAAAAUACCGGAGAUACUGGAGAGAGGGAACCCCCUCUUUCUCCCUGGCCCAUAAAUGUGUGCUGGACAAAGAUGAAGGAAAAUAAAGGUGUACCAAAGGUGCUGAAAGAACAUCACAUUUUUCCUCAUGACUAGAAUAAUUACGGCUAACGACGCAGCUCUUCGCACCUCAAUGCAUAGGUUGAAUGCAGAGUCAGUCUCUUCCUUUUUUUUUUUUUUUAAGAUUUUUAUUUAUUUAUUGGAGAGAGAGAGAGAGAGAGAGAGAGAUAGAGCCCACGAGUGGGGGGGACGUGGGCAGAGGGCGAAGCAGACUCCCCGCUGAGCAGGGAGCCUGACGCGGGGCUUGAUCUCAGCACCCCGGGAUCAUGACCUGAGCUGAGGGCAGACGCUUAACCGACUGAGACACCCAGGCGCCCCUCUUCCUUCUUUUUUUAAAUGACUCUGAAGUUCAUUUGAAAGGAACAGUGAAAAAGGACAACUGUGAGGCCGGCCUCCAAGAAGGCCCUCCCGGGACCCCAUCCCCAUAGCACAUCCUGUGUGCCCCCCACGUUGUACGGCAGAAUAUGGCAGAAGAGAUGGCUCUCACUUCCAAGUAGGUAGUAAAGGCUCUCAUCUUCGUUGUGCCCUUAGCUCUGGGGAAAGCCCGGGGCCAUGCUGGAAGCAGCCCUGUAAGAGAGGCCUGUGCAGGGAGAAGUGAGGCCUCCCACCCCAGUCCGGCCCUCAGAUGAUGGCCGAUCCCUUGGUGCCAACUAAGGACAGAUCCUGAGGCAGAACCCCUGGCUAAAGUGCUCCCAGAGCCAGGAACCUGCGUGAGAUCACAAGUGUUUGUUGUUUUAAGACUCUAGAUUUUGGGAGAACCUGGGUGGCUCAGUCGUUAAGCAUCUGCCUUUGGCUCAGGUCAUGAUCCCAGGGUCCUGGGAUCGAGCCCCACGUCAGGCUCUCUGCUCAGCGGUGAGUCUGCUUCUCCCUCUGCCUCUGUGAUCUCUCUAGCUCUCACUCUCUCAAAUAAAUAAAUAAAAUCUUAGAAGACACUAGAUUUGGGGGUCAUUUGUCAUGCAGCAACAGAUAACUAAUACAGCAAACAAGAUUGAAGUGGAAGAGUCAUUUUAGAUAUGAAGUCUCAUAAUUGUAGAGCAGUAGUCCAUCAAACCAGGUGGUUCUGACCCCAAAAUACCUUUCUCUCAGAUCAACAAACCAGAACAGAGAAAGCUGAGAUGCUUCACACAGAAAACUUUGCCCUAAGACAAAGACGCCACAGCAAAUCCGUGGGGGAAAGAAGGAAUGGUCAAUAGUAGUCCCCAGAGUGUUGGUAAACUAUUUGAGAGUGGCGGGAGUAGGAUAUUAGGGCAGCCCCUGCCCCCCAAAAAAUCCCAGAUGGAAUAAGAGAUACUGGAAGCAGGUAAAGCUCUAAAACCCCCGAGGAGGGGCUGGGCAGGACAGGUGCGCCAGAUGGCCUCACCACCUGCAGGUGCCCUCCUGCUGGAGGAAGCUCCCCAGUCGCCAUGCCAUCCUGCCCCCCGGAAGGUGCAUCGAGCUCUAGA